GAUUUUGUUCUGGGGCUGCGGCCGCCCACGGGCCGGGCCAGCACCGCCGCCCGCCCGGCGCCCUGACGGCCGCUGUUAUGCGUAUUCCUGUAGACCCGAGCACCAGCCGCCGCUUCACACCUCCCUCCACGGCCUUCCCCUGCGGCGGCGGCGGCGGCGGCGGCGGCGGCAAGAUGGGCGAGAACAGCGGCGCGCUAACCGCGCAGGCGGCCGUGGGCCCCGGCGGGCGCGCCCGACCCGAGGUGCGCUCGAUGGUGGACGUGCUGGCGGACCACGCGGGCGAGCUCGUGCGCACCGACAGCCCCAACUUCCUCUGCUCCGUACUGCCCUCGCACUGGCGCUGCAACAAGACGCUGCCCGUCGCCUUCAAGGUGGUGGCGCUGGGGGACGUGCCAGAUGGAACGGUGGUGACAGUGAUGGCGGGCAAUGACGAGAACUACUCCGCUGAGCUGCGCAACGCCUCAGCCGUCAUGAAGAACCAGGUGGCCAGGUUCAACGACCUCCGCUUCGUGGGCCGCAGUGGGCGAGGUAAGAGUUUCACGCUGACCAUCACCGUGUUCACCAACCCCACGCAAGUGGCCACCUACCACCGCGCCAUCAAGGUGACCGUGGAUGGACCCCGGGAGCCCAGACGCACCUCGGAACUGAACCCCUUCUCCGACCCCCGCCAGUUCGACCGCUCCUUCCUGCCGCCCCUCACGGAGAGCCGCUUCCCCGACCCCCGGAUGCAUUACCCAGGGGCCAUGUCGGCCGCCUUCCCGUACAGCGCCACGCCCUCGGGCACCAGCAUCAGCAGCCUCAGCGUGGCCAGCAUGCCGGCCACCGGCCGCUUCCACCACACCUACCUCCCGCCGCCCUACCCGGGGGCCCCGCAGAACCAGAGCGGGCCCUUCCAGGCCAACCCGUCCCCCUACCACCUCUACUACGGCGCGUCCUCCGGCUCCUACCAGUUCUCCAUGGUGGCCGGCAGCGGAGGCGGCAGCAGCGGGGGCGACCGCUCCCCGACCCGCAUGCUGGCUUCCUGCACCAGCAGCGCCGCCUCGGUCGCCACCGGCAACCUCAUGAACCCCAGCCUGGGCGGCCAGAGCGACGGCGUGGAGGCCGACGGCAGCCACAGCAACUCGCCCACCGCGCUGAGCACGCCCGGCCGCAUGGACGAGGCCGUGUGGCGGCCCUACUGACCGCCCGCGGCAGGGUGGACCGCUCUCGCCGGCGGCGCGCGGCGGAGGGGAGGGACCCCCAAGAACCUUCCAGACAAGCGCGGCGGGCCCAGCUCCAAGGCUCAGGGCACCAACUGGACUUAACGCUCCGGGGCAGUCGUGGGCCUCAGACGGGUCCACCGUCCCAGGGGGUGGCCCCGGAGCUGGUGGUUGGCUCUAAGAGCGUCUUAUCCCAGAGCCACGUCUUUGUACAGAGGGGUGGGGACCUCUCCCAGGACUCCGCCCCCAGCCCAGAUCAUCUCAUCCCACGUCCCUGUGGGAGAAGCCCCCUCCUGCCACCCGCCCACCCCUGCCCCCUGCCCAGGGUGAGCCGGCUGUCCCCAGCUACGCCACUACUGUCAGGGGCCCAGGCCCCCUGGACGGAGACCGUCUCCUUCCCAAAGAGAGGUGGUGUUUGCCCACACGGUUUGCCCUCUUACUCACAGAGCCCUAGAAAGACCUCCCCCCGCCAUCUUCCUCAGAGACCCCUCACCCCGUGGGCCCAGCCCUUCCCUCCACAUUUACACUAGUUGAGUCACAACUGGAAGGUUCCCCCAGCCCUGAAAGGGGGGCUUCCUCAUGGUAUGGAUGAGGAAGCAACCCCUCCAGAGGCCCCGGGGAAUUGUUAGCAGAGAUGGAAAGAGGACACCCCAGGCCCGCCCGCUGCCCGAGCUCUGCUCCCCCACAACUCGUAGCAGCUAAGAGGCCCCAACCCGGUCCCAGGGCCCCAGAGCAGACUGGCCUGUGACAGCAGGUCCCUAAAACCAGGGCAGGCACCGGCAGACGGGUCCUCCGUGCACUUUACCAGUCCGAGCCGUUCGCCCUCUCCUCCCUCUAGGGCCUGGGAAGGGUCCCCUUUCCCCUCGGCUGGUCUCCCAUGUUGCCAUUUUUGGACAGAGCACCAGGACCGGACAGGUCCUAGCAGAAAGCCUUGGGGUGACGGGUCAUGGGGUCAGAUGUCAGCCUCCCUGUCCUACCUAGGUCCAGCCAAGCUGCACACACCCCUGACGCCCAGCCUCAUGAGAAGGCCCAGCCAAACCUCCCAGCCUCUGACAUACAACCUUCCAUCUUUAACCAGUCUGCUCCCAGAGCAGUCUUGAACAACAACAACAGAAAAGAAAAACCAGUUGUCAAAGCUGGUUUUAGAAAAAGAAGUUUCUCAAACAUUUUCAGACACCCCGUCCCUUACAGGAAAAGGCCCCGUGAUAGUGAAUGAUACUCCCCCCACCCCCUCGAGGGUGUGGAAUUGUUAGCCACACCCCCAAAAACCUCCUCAAGAUGUCACAAUCCUUCAAGCAGCAUCCUACCAGCUGCCACCAAAGGGAAACCCUGCUGCGGACCAAAGGAAGCGCUGGUGAGAGGCUGGAGUCUUCUGUCUUCGACUCUUCAGGCGUUUGUUCUUGCCAAGAGGGUGUGAGCUGGGGCGAGGUGGCUGAGUGAGGGCAGAUCACAAGAGCUGUUAAGAGCUUGGCAGCCUCAGCCCCGGCUCUGUUCACGGGAAGUGCUGCAGUUUGCAGAUGGGAAAACAGUCCUGGCCCCCGGGUUUAGGCGCGUCCGAGUGUUCUGGUUCUAGAAAGACAUAAGAAACCCAUGCCUGAGGGUUUCUUUUUUUUAAAUUCUAGAAAGGCAGAAGGGGAACAGGACAAGAAAACUCUAGAAGCAUUGGGCAGCAUGUGGAUUUAGUCGCUGUUUUCGGCCCCAUCUUCUGUGGAGGUGGGAAUCUCCUCCACAAAGUGCCCCUUGGCGGUUGUCUCUGUAACAGCACUUGGCCGGCCGCCACCCCAGCCUGCAGCCGCUGGCGGAGAAGCACACGGGGUGCCCACUCAGGCAGGUUAGGAAGUCCUCCUGGUGGUCUUACUCAGCCCCCUCUUGCUGCAGUUUGUCUUCUGGGAAGAAAAGCACGUCUCCAUCCUUUAAAACAGCUGCUAAGGGGUUCCACUGACUCCCUCAGGCAGCGUGCAGGUUCUGGGGGGGCAGGCUCCCCACUCCUCCUCAGGAAGCAGCUACAGAUUCACUGCCCCGGUGUCUUCUCUCCUGUUCCCUGUGCUUGUACACGGGCCCCAGGCCCCAGCGGGAGGCACCCUUGGGUCCCCAGGGCCCAGCACUUUGUAGCCCUCCCCACCCCCCCAGAUGACUACCCGCUUCCUGAUAUCCAAGCCCUGGUCGGGGCAGGGACCGGAAAAUAAAUUGACCCCCUCGCCCCUGCCCAGUCCCCGACUAAAAGUGAUGGCAGCCAUGCUGAAUCUUGUUUUUUAAUGCCCGUGGUGGGUGCAGACAGCUUGGGCUGGUAAAAAUGGGUCCUUAUUUACAAGGCUGCUUUAAAGUCAUACAAGGCAAACACACUGACUCAGAAAGCACAAGGAAUCAAGGGGUAUGGGUACCGUAUUACUGUAAGCCUAUUGGUGAUGGGUACAGGUUGGUUGUGACAUAUUGUCAUGCUGAGAUGUUCAUACCUGCUAUACGCAUACCUUCGUAAAACCGUCCCAGGGCUGGGAAGAGGGUGGGGGAGGGGUGGAAACUUGCUUUGCACUAUAAUUUGCUUGGUGUGUUUGUUUUUAAUGCACAAC